AUGCUGCUACUAACCGCUUACGGACAUGUCACAAAUUGGGAGCUCACUUGUGUAUUUCUGCCCCGACACCUCCACCUCUCUUACAACAACGGACUCUCCGGACCCUCCGUUGUCAACUCGCUCGCCAGAACGGCCAAGGUAACGCGCACACAUCCCGCUUCAUAUGAUGACAUUGAUAUUGUUGAAACAGGCACGGAACCUUACACACUCCUCUCUUCACUUGAAAUCUCACCUCACAACAACAUGUCUGACCCAGACACGUACGACCCAGACUCCUACAGUGACAUCCGCCCGGGAACUCACCCGGAGCUGUUCGAUGGGCCGCACAACGCGCCCAGAUCUCAGCAGCCGGCGUCACCCCAGUGGUGGUUCUGGGUGAUCGUCGCCGUCAUGGUCGCCAUCAUCCUCGCCCUGGGCAUCUGCGUCGUCUGUCUGUGGAAACGCAACAAGCAGCACCAGAGGGGCCGUAGCGGCACCGAGGCGGGCGCCGAGCUGCAACCAAUCCCCAAGGUGCAGUUCCCGUUCUACUUCCCGCCGUCCGCGAUACCCUCUGGAGGGAUGCCAUGCUUCCCCAACAGAGACACCAUCGGCAGCGCCGUCGAGAACGCCGUCCCCUUCAAAGAGCUUCACCCGCACCUCCAGGAACGGGUCAACCGUGACAGCCAGUGUGAGAAUCAGUUCAACCCGGCGUUUAACGCUCAUCGUCAACAGCAGCUGCACGACAACGACGGCGCUCACACUGACGUCCUGCUCCACACUGACGCGUCCACCAUGGGACCAUCCACCGUCACGGCACCGCGCACUGCCAGGAACCCCCGCCAUCUCACCCCGCUUCUUCCAGAGCCGCUCAACAUGCACCAGCAUCAAUCAGAGCGCAGCGCCGCUCCGCAGAACGCCGCUCCGCACGACGCCGGCUUGCAGGUCCCGGCCACGCCGCUGGUGCAGUACCCUCGCGCGUACAUGCCGCCCACCCACCUGCCGCGCCCCACCGACAACAGCGCCGCUGCCGAGAGCGCCUUCUCUGCGGCGCAGUUCCCGAGCGCGGAGUCCGAGAUGACGGGAUAUGGUGAGACGGAGCUGACGCACGACCCGUGGAAGGCCGAGGCAGAGAAGAACAAGCGCGUGGUUGAGCUUUGA